AGCAAAAUCGCAUUCGUCUGUGGUUCCCCGUCUUGCCCGCCGAAUCUGUAUUGCUCCGUUUUGCGACUCAAUCUUUUUUCCCUCUCUGCUUUUUUCUUCUCUCCAACAACAAAAAAAAAACAAGAUUCAACAGAUUUCAACCCUCCGUUACACUCAAUAAUCCUUCAAAAUGAGCGGCGAUAAGAUGGAUGUCGAGAUUGCUGAGCAAAAGAUGAAAUCUAUGGAGCAUAGCGAGCAGCAUUACUUCAAGAGCUACGACCACCAUGGUAUCCAUGAGGAGAUGUUGAAAGAUGAGGUCCGCACACGAUCGUACAUGAACGCUAUCAUGCAAAACAAGCACAUUUUUAAGGACAAGGUGGUUCUUGAUGUUGGCUGUGGUACGGCCAUUCUCUCCAUGUUCGCCGCUAAGGCUGGUGCCAAACAUGUCAUUGGUGUGGAUAUGUCCACCAUCAUCUUCAAGGCCCGUGAGAUCGUCAAGGUCAACGGUCUUUCCGACAAGAUCACCCUUCUUCAGGGCAAGAUGGAGGAGGUUGAGCUGCCUUUCCCCAAGGUUGAUAUCAUCAUCUCAGAAUGGAUGGGCUACUUCCUUCUCUACGAGUCUAUGCUCGACACCGUUCUCUACGCCCGAGACACGUAUCUCCAGAAGGAUGGCUUGAUCUUCCCUGACAAGGCCACCAUCUUCUUCGCCGGUAUUGAGGAUGGCGAUUACAAGGAGGACAAGAUUGAGUUCUGGAACGAUGUUUAUGGCUUCGACUACACCCCCCUUAAGGCUACUGCUCUCUCCGAGCCCCUCGUUGAUACCGUCGAGGUCAAGGCCGCUGUCACCGAACCCACUGCCGUCCUCACUCUCGAUCUUUACAAGUGCACCACAGACGAUUUGGCUUUCCAGGUCCCCUUCAAGCUCUCUGUUACCCGCGACGACUUCGUCCACGCCCUGGUCUCGUGGUUCGACAUCGACUUUACCGCCUGCCACAAGCCCAUCCGCUUCUCCACUGGCCCCCAUACCAAGUACACCCACUGGAAGCAGACCGUCUUCUACUUCGAGGAUGUCCUCACUGUCCAGCAGGGCGAGCAGAUUGCUCUCAACCUUGAUGUCCGACCCAACUCCAAGAACAGACGUGAUCUUGACAUCAAGAUCUCCUACGAGUUGGAAACUGAGGAUGCUAACCGUGCCUCCAAGGGUGCGCUUGAGUACCGCAUGUGCUAAAUGGCUUCUAUAUAAGACGGUGCUGAUUUCUUGCUAAUGAUGAUACGAGAAAGAAAAAAAGACAUCUAAGGUUAAAAAAAGAGACCUAAGGAGCAAGGAGAUAGAUACUUGCGGGAACUUGGGAUCUGUGUAUAAGGGCGACGGCGUCUUGCAUCUUACACGGGGUAAACAUUGCUGCUAGAUACAAACAUAGGAGAGAGAAAAACAACAUAAUCGCGAGGGAUGGCGUGGUUGAUUGACGACCCGUUAUGAGUGAUACCACAAAGAACAGCACUCCGGAGUUACCUAGUCAAAAGA